AUGGAUCUCCUGUCCGAAAUCAGUGUGCCCGUCGUGGCAGCAGCAUCCGCCCUCUCAGUCGCAGCUGGUGCUUAUCUGGAUGCCAAAUUCUCCAUUUCUACAGAUUUAUCUGCCAUGCGCAGUGACCGGGAAUUUGGGAAACGUCUGGCUGAGCGUAUGGCUCACUUAGGAGAGACGCCUACGGUCUAUGGGAUGCUUCAACGAGUGGUAGAAGUGGAAAAGCAUGGCUCAACCGAAGCUAUCUGGUUUGAAGGGAAAUCAUGGACAUAUUCUGAGUUGAAAGAUCUUGCGGACCGACUGGCUGCUCUACUCAGCGAGCGGGGCGUCAGCACUGGCGACUUUGUCGCUGUCUUUACUACCAACUCACCAGAGAUGGUCGCGAUUAUUUAUGCUCUUUCAAAACUUGGAGCCGUUGCUGCUCUUAUAAAUAUUAACCUGCGAGAUCUGAAUGCAGAUGAUACAUUCGCCCACUGUCUUAAUGUCUCCGGCUCUAAGCUCAUUAUCUCUACGCCGGAUCUCGCACAAUUUGUGUGCUCAGACAUGCCUCACCUGUCAUUUAACAUCUCUUCUUUUGACGGUAUCUCUACGGCGUCAGAUCUGAUCACACCCGCGGACUUGCAGCAGUACUCCUCUUCCAAUCUAACAGCUGCAAAGAGAACCCCCGCGGAUCUAUCAGCUCUUAUAUAUACGUCAGGAACUACCGGAAAACCGAAGGCAUGCGCCAUCCGCAAUAUGAUGACUCUGAUAACAUCCACCCCUCAUUCUCAAGAUGUCAAGCACCCGUCGAGAUACUUCCCUCUACGAAUCUACUGCUCGCUCCCGCUUUUCCAUGGUACAGCCUACUUCACCGGACUGUGUGCUUCCGUGGGCUAUGCAGGCACACUCUGCAUCCGCCGCAAAUUCUCUGCUUCCAAAUUCUGGAAGGACGUCCACGACUCAAGAGCUACUCGGAUUCUUUAUAUUGGAGAGCUGUGCAGAUACCUUAUGGCUACGCCUGCUUCUCCCUAUGAUCAGAACCAUGCCUGCAUUGUCGCUUCUGGCAAUGGCCUGCGAGGGGAUAUUUGGGAACGCUUCCGCGAGCGGUUCAAUGUUCCUGAGAUUCGCGAGUUCUACCGCUCAACCGAGGGUGUUGCGAAAUACGACAACUUCGGGUUUGGAUCGUGGGGAGCCGGCAAGGUCGGGUUCUCAGGCCCAAUUAAGCGGUUUUUCGAGGAUGAUACCGUCAUCGUGAAAUAUGAUCCGGAUACAGAGAUGCCCUAUCGGGAUCCUAAAACGGGGUUCUGCGUUAGGGUGAGAGUCGGCGAGGAAGGAGAGGCGAUUGGCCGUGUCAGAAACCGCGGCUUACUCACAGAGUACUUGAAGAAUGAAGAAGCGACUGAGAAGAAGCUCCUCCGGGACGUAUUUGAGAAGGGGGACCUCUUUCAACGUACGGGUGAUUUGUUUGUACAAGACUCGGAUGGGUGGAUUAAAUUCCAAGACCGGGUGGGAGACACAUUCCGCUGGAAGGGCGAGAACGUCAGUGCGGGUGAAAUUCGAGACCACAUUUCUGCCAUUCCUGGAGUUUACGACGCCGUUGUGUACGGCGUCAGACUCGGAGCUUAUGAUGGACAGGCUGGCGCCGCGGGUAUCACGCUCGAGGAGCACACCGAGGCUGCUGCCAAUGAGUUUAUGGGUAAGCUCCGUGCGGAGCUGAAGAAGAAGGGUGUUCCAUCCUACGCUAUUCCACGGCUUGUUCGACUGACAGAGAAGGUUGCCACGGGAGUCACAUUCAAACAGGCUAAAGGCGAGUUGACGAAGAAAGGCUGGAGCCCUCUCGUCGACUGGAAUGGCGAUAAACUAUACUGGUUGAAUGGGACCAGAUAUGAAAAGCUUACGCAAUCGAGUUGGUCGUCAAUUGAGAGUGGGCAGGCCAAGUUAUGA